AANGCUUUCGCAACUGCCAAACUAUCGGAAUUGCCAUUGAAGAACUCACUUCCACUGUCCUCUCACUCGCGUACGCUUCUCUCAAACCCGAAUUUUUCUUUUCCGAUUCCAAGAACAUUUUCUUCUCUCAGAACUCCCACUGAGCAUAGCGGCAAGAGAAACCCUAAAACCUCGCAGAAGUCUGGACCCUCUUCUUCUUCGUCUUGGGUUUCCAGGUGGCCUUCUGGGAGCUCUCGGAAUGAUCGGAAAGUUGAGAAGAAGGUAGCCGAAACGACACGAGAUGAUCGAACUGAUCGAGCGAAGAAUCAGACGGAGUACUUGGAUAAGAACAAAGGGCAGAGUUCAAUUGAGCGAAUUGUUCUUCGCUUACGAAAUUUAGGGAUAGGAUCAGAUGAUGAGGAGGAGAAGGAGGAGGAUGAAGAGGAUAAUGAAUUGGAUUCUUUCGAGGCAAUGCCGGUGACUGGGAAGGAAAAACUGGGGGAUUUACUUCAACGUGAAUGGAUUCGACCGGAUGGCACAUUGGAUUCGAAUAAGGAUGGGGAGGAUGAUAUGGUUUUACCAUGGGAGCGAGAGGAGGACAGGGAGGAAGAGGUGGAGGGUGGAAGCGGGUUGAAAAGGAGAAAGAUGAAGGCUCCGACGUUAGCUGAAUUGACAAUUGAAGAUGAGGAGCUGAGGCGGCUGAGGAGAAUGGGGAUGUUUAUUAAAGAGCGGAUUAAUAUACCGAAAGCGGGGAUUACACAGGCAGUGCUGGAGAAGAUUCAUUUGAAAUGGAGGAAGGAGGAGUUGGUGAGGCUUAAGUUCCAUGAGGAGCUUGCACAUGAUAUGAAGACAGCCCACGAGAUUGUAGAGCGACGAACUGGAGGAUUGGUUCUUUGGAGGUCUGGAAGUGUUAUGGUAGUUUACCGUGGUAGUAAUUAUGAAGGGCCAUCUAAAACUAAACCCCCUGCAACGGAGGGGGAUGCGGUAUUCAUCCCAGAUGUUUCUUCUGCUGCUACUUCGACAAUGAGUGGCAAUGUUGCCGUUUCAGCUCCAGAGAAGGCUAAGUUGCCUAUUGGGGCUCCAAAGUCUAAUGAGGCCGUGUCCGAGGAAGAGGCUGAAUACAACCAACUAGUAGAUGGUUUAGGUCCUCGUUUUGUUGAAUGGUGGGGCACAGGAGUUCUUCCUAUUGAUGCUGAUCAGCUUCCUCCUACUGUUCCCGGUUACAAAACACCGUUCAGGCUUCUCCCAACAGGAAUGCGGUCCCGACUGACCAAUGCAGAGAUGACUCAAAUGAGGAAACUUGCAAAAUCCCUACCUUGUCAUUUUGCCCUUGGGAGAAACAGGAACCAUCAGGGCUUGGCAGUUGCUAUACUUAAACUUUGGGAAAAGAGCCUAGUAGCUAAAAUUGCUGUUAAAAGAGGUAUACAGAAUACCAAUAAUAAACUCAUGGCUGAGGAGAUAAAGAACUUAACAGGAGGUGUGUUACUGUUGAGAAAUAAAUAUUUUAUCGUCAUAUACCGUGGAAAGGAUUUUCUCCCAACAAGUGUAGCCACAGCUUUGGCAGAAAGGCAGGAAUUAACAAAACACAUUCAAGAUGUGGAAGAGAAAACUCGAAGUAAAGUGGUCGAAGCAACUUCAUCGAGCAAUGAUGGACAGGCACCUGCAGGUACUUUGGCUGAAUUCUAUGAGGCUCAGUCCCGAUGGGGAAGGGAAAUAUCUGCAGAAGAUCGUGAAAAAAUGAUUGAGGAAAGCUCCAGAGCAAAAACUGAAAGACUUAUCAGACGAAUCGAACAUAAGCUUGGUGUUGCCCAAGCAAAGAAACUUAGAGCAGAAAAGUUGUUAUCUAAAAUUGAAGCGUCCAUGAUCCUCUCUAGCCCUGAUGAUGACCAAGAAACAAUAACAGAAGAGGAACGGGUCAUGUUUCGGAAGGUUGGGUUAAGAAUGACCGCUUAUUUACCUAUAGGCAUUCGUGGUGUCUUUGAUGGUGUUGUUGAAAACAUGCAUUUACAUUGGAAGCAUAGGGAACUUGUGAAGUUAAUUAGCAAGCAAAAGACACUUGCUUUUGUGGAAGAAACGGCAAGGUUGUUAGCGUAUGAGAGUGGCGGAAUACUAGUUUCGAUAGAUAGAGUUCCAAAAGGAUAUGCCCUUAUUUACUAUCGAGGAAAGAAUUAUCGUCGACCCAUCGCCUUGAGGCCAAGAAACUUGCUUACAAAGGCAAAAGCAUUAAAGCGUUCGGUGGCCAUGCAGCGCCAUGAGGCUCUCAGUCAGCAUAUAUCUGAACUCGAGAAGAACAUAGAGCAAAUGAAGAAAGACAUUGGCGUCAACGAAGAUUCAGAGGACGAGAGGAACUGGUCAUCUCAGGAUGGACCUGUCUCAGAGUCUUUCCAAGAUGAGGAAGCAUCUUUGUCUGCAUUUUCGGAUGAUGAGAAUGACGAAGAUGAAAAUGACGAAGAUAGCGAGUACGAAGAGGAUGAAGAUUUUGAUUUUUCCGACUCAGAAGACACUGAUGAUCCAGUGAACUAAGUAGGGAGAGCAUUUCCAAUUUGUGAACAGAUGGAAUGUUCUUAUUGCAUUUGCAUAUUUCAGGUCGAAUGAUGUGGAACAUGUCAACCCUGGACUCGGUGUCGCCUAAGCCAACCCAAAAAUUUUCGUUGCCAUUUUCCAUUGAAAGCUGGUUGUAAAAGUGUUCCUGCUGGCUAACUUAUAAGAAGCCCUCCAUCAUUUGCUUCAAGUUCUAGCCCAUAUGGGUUUGAUCUUUCCUUUUAUUUUCAUGUAGAUUGGAUGCGGAUAACUUCCCUCUUACAAAAUGCAAGAUCCAUAUAUGAAUUCAGCCAAUGGCCCAAUUUUUUCAUCCUAAUUCUUGACCAAUAUCUGGUUCAUGCCA